GUCACAAUUGUGAUAUUUGUUGUUUUAUUUCAUUAUUAGCAGUUCCAUGGCGACAGGUGCAUUGCAUUCUGUGUGUAAAACUUCGCCGGGAAAUGAAAACCAAUCGACUACGAGUAAAGGCAAACGUGGACGGCCACCUAAACAACCAAGGGAUGAUAGAAGACUUGUGGACAAAGUACUAGCCGCCGUACAGCAGGGACCUGGUGAACCUGCAUUAUACGCCUCAACUACUAAAGGUGGCAUGAAACUCAUAUACGAAGGGCAUCAUUUCAGAUUUACAUUCCGAAGAGGGCGGUAUUCAAUUUUCCAAUGCUGUUUUAAAGAAAAUAUGCAAGAAUGCAAGGUUCGUGUAGUCACUGACCAGAAACGCGUUUUCCCAUUGGAUGGAGAGCACGUCCAUUUCAUGCAGGCAACGGACAAAAGUGUAACCUCUAUGACCUUUGAACCUGCAGGCCUGUUCGAUGACGAUGAUAGUAAGGAACAAGAACAUAAUGCUGCCUAUGAAGAGGGAACUGAUUCUACCCAGGUGAAUGAAUCACAAGAAUUCUUGUCGGAAACAAACGAGGUUUCAACAGUGGAGACUGCAGAUUCAUCAGACACGAACGAUUUUCGCGAGAAAAUAAAACGACGCUUACAGAAGGCUCUUUUGGGCAAAAAGAAAUGAUUAAUUUAAACUUAUUGAACCCUAUUUUUAUAACUACAUAUAUGUUUUCUACUACAGAUUCGUAAAUAAUCUUGAAUUGAAAGUGCCUUAAGCCACAAUAUCAGAUUUUAAAAUAACCUCGACAUAUUUUUUUUUGACCAACAAUUAGCAGGAAGCGAUAUUGAUAUAAAACUUCAUGUUUCAACAAUUAUAUACUUAUAAGAAAUUUUGUACCAAUACCUUUAACGAAUAUUUAUUUGCAAAAAUGUUGAUUAGAAAACUAAGAGGUACCUUGUUAGCAAUAAAUGGAGCGCAAAGAAUAGAAGACUUGGAAGAUGUUUACGAGUCCCAAAAGCUUUCAAAAAUUACUGCAUCGGGAUUAUCAGACUAUUUUCGUGAGAAAAUAAAAUUUUACGAGAAGCACUUCUAUUCUUUGUAGUAUUUAAAUAAACAUUCUUAUAUCACCCAUAUACAUGCAUUCAUGCAAAAAAAUGUAUAAAAAGUUGCCUUAAAACAUCAUAUAAACAGUUACAGAAUUUUUAAUAAACCUAAUAAAUAUAAAUUUGAA